AUAUUGUUCACCUGCACGCAUAUACUUUUGGCGUGAGCAUCACGGCGCUGCAUGGAAAAGUCCAAAGAGUGAAGAAGUAGAAGAAGAACCGGAAUGGCGACGCCAAGCAGCAACGAAGGUUCAGCCCCAGGACAACCAGCCAAGACGGCACUUCCGACUGGGCCCGCAAGCCCCACGAUGGCGUCUAAGGGAGAGAGUCAUACGGACACUGCAGAGCCUGGCGUCACAGCGGUCGGAGGCGCCAAGGAUGCCACUACCACGCAGCCCAGCAGCGAUGCACCUUCGCCCACUAAAGAACCUGGCCCCGCGGAAUACCACGCUGCAACAGCGCCCAACGACUCGUGUCUUGGCAGUGCGAUGAAUACCCAGAGAGCUACGGACGACGUCGUUACCGACAGGACUACUGGUGCUACGUCGACGAGUCAUCCGCCGACGCCAAGGGCUCCCGUCGCCGGCGCCCCGACACCCGAGGCUAUGGAUCGGGGCACUGCGAAAGCGCAGGGCUCUAAGCGGCCCGGGCCUGCGGAUUCUGGGAAAACCAGCCCUGACAAGACGCCGGGCGCUGCCCAGAUAACCGCCGAAACGGUGACGUCGGGAGGAGCUAACGCUCGCGGCGCUACAUGUAACGUCGAUGCUGCGACAGCGCCCGUCGGUGUUGGUGUCGUCGGCGAGGGAGCAGCUUACCGCGUAAUCUCUCCUGUCGUGACCCCUCCUUGCUUGACAACUCCCGGCACGACCACUCCCGAAGAGUCAACCCCCGGCGCGACACCACGCGGGGUGACGCCUCCAACCAGCGCAACGCCUCCUAUCGUAACAUCUCCUGGCGUAACAUCUUCUAGUGUGACAUCUCCUAGCGUGACAUCUUCCGACACUUCUGGUUCGGACGCCACAGGUCAAAAGAAUCGCGACGGUUUAACUACGAAAAGCCCCACGGAACCUACCGCUGCGAAGGCGCCACGUCGCGGGAAGACUUACGCUGUGAACUAUGGCACGGCGAAAUCUGGCACCACUACGCCUCCCAACCCUACACAUACGAGUGCUGCAGCAUUGGCCGGGCCAGCGUCGCCUCUUACGGCAGUUAGGGCUACGGGACCCAACGAUGCGAAGGUAAUUAGCGACGCCCAGCCCCCCGCAUCUACGGAUCCUGGGAAUCCGAAGAACAACGUAGUGGUGGCGCGUAGUGCUGCCGAUCCUGGUGGUGCGAUAAGAACGGCGACGGUCGAAGCGGCGUCCGGCGCUGCUGAGACCGUGUCUGCGAGAGCCACAGGUGCGUCGACGUCCGCCGUUACAGCUGGCUCCGCAACGAAGUCUGGCCGUGGGACGCCUCCCAGUGCGGCCGACCUAAGCAUUGCGGGUCCCAGUGGAAUGAUUGCGGCCAGGAGCACGGAACCCGGCGUUUCGCGACCGGUCAAUACGGUAUCCUGCUAUGACGGGUCCUCCUCACGGCCUAGCGCUCCCAAGGCGCAGCACGUCGCCGCAACAUCGCCACCGUCGGUGAAGAAGUCGGCGACCAUCAAACGUAUCCUCGAGGAACUGGAGGACGUUUCCCGCGACCCGCCACCAUAUUGCUCGGCCGCCCCCGUGGAUUCCGACGAUUUGUUCCAUUGGCGUGCCGUCAUAGUGGGUCCCGAGGGAACUCCUUAUGAAGGAGGGCUCUUCCGCUUGGCGAUUACUUUCCCCGAUGACUACCCUCAUAGUCCACCCAAGGUCACGUUCGCGACCAAAAUAUACCAUCCCAACGUGAGCACUGACGGCGACAUCUCCCUCGACAUGCUUCUCUGGAAUUGGUCUCCGCAGAUGAGAAUAGACCAAGUGCUACUCUCCAUCUGUUGCCUGAUGCGAACGCCGGACCUGCAAAGCGCGGUCAAUGAGUACGCGACCGUUUAUUACAAAGAGGAGCCCGACAUGUACGACAUAAUCGCCCGCGAGUGGACUGCGUCGCACGCGAUGUCAGGUAAUUAGUGGACCACAGGAUCUCGGUUGGACCGCGCGUCUACUGCCAACAUAAUUUUGUAACGACUGUGCAGUUGGUGCCAGCUAACUCGAGUGCUAUACGAUAAGCGACAAUAAGUUCCGAAAACGUGGUCUAUAUUCUGAGAUUGGGCACCUCGCGUAAUUGCGCAAGUCGUGUAUCAGACUGCUACGACGAGGGCACUGUCAGUGCCGCCAAAAUUAUCGCGCUGUCGCAUAUAUUUGGGGGAAAUUUUUGGAAAGUCGAAUGUUUGAAUUUGCGCGAAAAAAAUAAACGUGCACUUGACACUAAAACUCGUCCUUUCGAGGAAAAUAAUCGUGGAAUAAUGAAAUGCAUUUGUUGCGGUGUAUUUGUUGUGUGUAUGUAUAGUGACUUUCGAGGUUUUUAGGCUACAUUCUCCGCGCGUAAUGAUGAUUUCGCUGCGUAAUCAGUUGUGUGAUAAAAUUAUUUAUCCGAGAGCAACUCCUGCCCUAGCUCGAGCACGCACAAAUGUGGACGCCUUGACUGUAGGGGUUGAUGCCUGUUCUAGACAAAUCUGUUGUUUCAUACAACGUCAAAGCCCGUAAAUAAACCAACGAAACGGGAUAUAAAUGAGGCGUUGCGCGCUUUUUCUUUCUGGAUUGGUCGUGCAGAUGGAGUCUUCAACCAAAAUCAACCACCCCAACGCGAGCAACGACGGUGACAUCGCCCUCGACGUCCUUCACUGUAGCAAUGGUCGCCGGCGCUGACCGUGGACAAAGGGCUGCUCGUCAUCACUAAUCUGAUGAGACCCCGGAUGUGAAAAGCGUGUUUCAGUAAAACGUGGCCAACCACUACAAGGAGGAGCGCGAGAUGUGCACGAUAUGAUCGCCCGCGAUUAUGGA